CAAGAUGGCGGCCCAUCACCGGCAGAAGACAGCAGGGCGGAGGAAAGUGCAGGUUUCCUAUGUUAUUCAAGAUGAAGUGGAGAAGUACAACCGAAAUGGAGUCAAUGCUCUGCAGCUGGAUCCAGCACUAAAUAGACUUUUCACAGCCGGUCGAGACUCUAUCAUAAGAAUAUGGAGUGUCAAUCAGCACAAGCAAGAUCCGUAUAUAGCAUCUAUGGAACACCAUACUGAUUGGGUAAAUGACAUUGUACUCUGUUGUAAUGGGAAAACAUUAAUAUCUGCUUCUUCUGACACAACAGUAAAAGUAUGGAAUGCACACAAGGGAUUUUGCAUGUCAACAUUAAGGACACAUAAGGAUUACGUAAAGGCCUUAGCAUAUGCCAAGGAUAAAGAACUAGUAGCAUCAGCUGGGUUGGACAGAUAAAUAUUCCUUUUGGAUGUGAAUACUCUAACAGCAUUGACUGCCUCAAAUAACACUGUCACAACUUCUUCUUUAAGUGGAAACAAAGAUUCCAUUUAUAGCCUGGCCAUGAAUCAACUGGGAACAAUCAUUGUAUCAGGGUCCACUGAAAAGGUGUUAAGGGUAUGGGAUCCAAGAACAUGUGCAAAACUAAUGAAGCUUAAAGGGCACAUGGAUAAUGUGAAGGCAUUGCUAUUAAACAGAGAUGGCACGCAAUGCCUUUCAGGCAGUUCUGAUGGGACAAUUCGCCUUUGGUCCCUUGGCCAGCAGAGAUAUAUAGCAACAUACCGAGUCCAUGAUGAAGGUGUUUGGGCGCUGCAAGUCAAUGAUGCCUUCACAUAUGUGUAUUCUGGUGGAAGGGACAGGAAGAUUUAUUGUACAGACCUAAGAAACCCUGACAUUCGGGUGCUAAUUUGUGAAGAAAAAGCACCAGUUCUCAAGAUGGAGCUUGAUAGAUCAGCUGAUCCUCCUCCUGCAAUUUGGGUUGCAACAACUAAGUCUACAGUAAAUAAAUGGACUUUGAAAGGAAUUCAUAAUUUUAGAGCCUCUGGAGAUUAUGACAAUGACUGUACAAAUCCUAUAACACCUCUUUGUACACAACCUGACCAGGUUAUUAAGGGGGGUGCUAGUAUUAUUUAGUGCCACAUUCUUAAUGAUAAGAGACAUAUAUUAACCAAAGAUACCAAUAAUAAUGUGGCAUAUUGGGAUGUAUUGAAGGCAUGUAAAGUUGAAGAUCUGGGCAAAGUAGAUUUUGAAGAUGAAAUUAAGAAAAGAUUUAAAAUGGUGUAUGUGCCAAAUUGGUUCUCAGUAGACUUAAAAACAGGGAUGUUAACUAUUACUUUGGAUGAAAGUGAUUGUUUUGCUGCCUGGAUUUCUGCAAAAGAUGCGGGUUUCAGCAGCCCUGAUGGGUCAGAUCCAAAAUUGAAUUUAGGAGGACUUUUACUCCAAGCACUCCUGGAAUAUUGGCCUAGAACACCUAUGAAUCCAAUGGAUGAAGAGGAAAAUGAAGUAAACCAUGUAAAUGGGGAGCAGGAGAACCGAGUGCAGAAGGGAAAUGGAUAUUUUCAAGUGCCCCCACACACACCCGUGAUCUUUGGUGAAGCUGGAGGUCGCACACUGUUCGGGCUGCUCUGCCGAGAUUCUGGGGGUGAGACUGAGUCUAUGCUUCUUAAUGAAACAAUGCCACAAUGGGUAAUUGACAUCACUGUGGAUAAAAAUAUGCCCAAAUUCAACAAAAUUCCUUUCUACCUCCAACCUCAUGCAUCUUCAGGAGCAAAAACCUUAAAAAAAGAUAGACUCUCUGCUAGUGACAUGCUCCAAGUCCAAAAAGUUAUGGAACAUGUUUAUGAAAAAAUUAUCAACUUGGAUAAUGAGUCUCAAACUACUGGCUCUUCUAAUAAUGAAAAACCAGGAGAACAGGAAAAAGAAGAAGAUAUUGCUGUGUUGGCAGAGGAGAAAAUUGAACUUUUGUGCCAGGACCAGGUUUUGGAUCCAAAUAUGGACCUUCGAACAGUGAAACACUUCAUAUGGAAGAGCGGUGGAGACCUCACCCUCCAUUACCGUCAGAAGUCCACGUGAAGGGUGGGCUAAUGCUCCCGGGUAUUCAUUUACGACCUUCCUCUAUGGCCCCAAGAGUAGUCCUAGGAAGCCCACUGAGCCCCAAUGGGAGCAAGACUUCUAACGGCUGAUUUGGUAUGGACUGAGAUUAUCUUUCAAUUGAAGUGACUAAUCGAGAUGUAAUAUAGAAACCAGUCUCCAUGUGUAGAUUAAGCUGUCCCCAGGGAAGCAGAGUGCAAGAGCAGAACAGCCCCAAGCAGACUAUGCCUUUCGAGAUGUACAGAAGACUGACAACAGGCCAGUGCAGACUUUGCUUCCUCCUUUUGUUUCAAAGGACCUUAUCUGUCCAUUAGCACUUGUUAGAGACACCUCGGUCGGGCCACAACUGUC